GCCGGGGUGCGGUUCCGGGUCGUGGCGCGGCUCAGGGCAACAGGGCUGCUGCUCGGCCGGCCGGCGGCGGCGAGCAGCGGGGGCAUGAGGGCGAGCCCGGGAAGCGGCAGCUGAGCGGGCCGGUAGGAGCGCCGGUCCCUGAGGAUCGCGAGAGUGCAGAGUUCGGGGCACGGGCCGGGAGGCGUGGGGAAGCCGGGCCCUCCCCUCAGGAACGUGCACUGGGGCCGACCCGGCCCGUAGUGUGGAAGCAGCUUCAGGUUCUUGGGAAGUGAAGGAGUACAGAGAGGGCUCAUUUGCUGAUGGUACAUCGUUUGAAGAAAGAGAAAAAGUAUUUCAGGUAGGUGAGCUCGUGAAACAAUAUGAAGAGGAGAAAAUAGCCUUUUAAGGAAAUUGGCCCACAGAAAGAAUGGCCUUCUUGGACAAUCCAACUAUCAUUCUAGCUCAUAUUCGGCAGUCACAUGUGACCAGUGAUGACACGGGAAUGUGUGAAAUGGUUCUCAUUGAUCAUGAUGUUGACCUAGAGAAGAUUCAUCCUCCUUCAAUGCCUGGAGACAGUGGGUCAGAAAUUCAGGGAAGCAAUGGCGAGACUCCGGGCUAUGUAUAUGCCCAGUCAGUCGAUAUUACCUCAAGUUGGGACUUUGGUAUUAGAAGACGCUCAAACACAGCUCAAAGAUUAGAACGACUUCGAAAAGAGAGACAAAACCAGAUCAAAUGCAAAAAUAUUCAGUGGAAAGAAAGAAAUUCUAAGCAAUCAGCCCAGGAAUUAAAGUCACUGUUUGAAAAAAAAUCACUCAAAGAGAAGCCUCCAAGUUCUGGAAAGCAGUCCAUAUUAUCUGUACGCCUGGAGCAAUGUCCUUUGCAGCUGAAUAAUCCCUUUAAUGAAUAUUCCAAAUUUGACGGCAAGGGUCAUGUAGGCACAACUGCAACCAAGAAGAUCGACGUCUACCUCCCCCUGCACUCAAGCCAGGACAGACUGCUGCCAAUGACUGUGGUGACAAUGGCCAGCGCCAGGGUACAGGACCUCAUUGGGCUCAUCUGUUGGCAGUAUACAAGCGAAGGACGGGAGCCGAAACUCAAUGACAAUGUCAGUGCCUACUGCCUGCACAUUGCUGAGGAUGAUGGGGAGGUAGACACGGAUUUCCCCCCGCUGGAUUCCAAUGAGCCCAUUCAUAAGUUUGGCUUCAGUACUUUGGCCCUGGUUGAAAAGUAUUCAUCUCCUGGUCUGACAUCCAAAGAGUCGCUCUUUGUUCGAAUAAAUGCUGCUCAUGGAUUCUCCCUCAUUCAGGUGGACAAUACCAAGGUCACCAUGAAGGAGAUCUUGCUGAAGGCGGUGAAGCGAAGAAAAGGAUCCCAGAAGAUAUCAGAUUUGCUCCCCUCCUCCUGCCCCUUUGAUCUUCCAGGCCCUCAGUACCGCCUGGAGAAGCAGAGCGAGCCUAACGUCGCCGUCGACCUGGAGAGCACAUUGGAGAGCCAGAGCGCAUGGGAGUUCUGCCUGGUCCGCGAGAACAGUUCAAGGGCAGACGGGGUUUUUGAGGAGGAUUCACAAAUUGACAUAGCUACAGUACAGGAUAUGCUUAGCAGCCACCAUUACAAGUCAUUCAAAGUCAGCAUGAUCCACAGACUACGAUUCACAACCGACGUACAGUUGGGUAUCUCUGGAGACAAAGUAGAGAUAGACCCUGUUACGAAUCAGAAAGCCAGCACUAAGUUUUGGAUUAAGCAGAAACCCAUCUCAAUCGAUUCUGACCUGCUCUGUGCCUGUGACCUUGCUGAAGAAAAGAGCCCCAGUCAUGCAAUAUUUAAACUCACAUAUCUAAGCAAUCAUGACUACAAACACCUCUACUUUGAAUCUGACGCUGCUACCGUCAAUGAAAUCGUGCUCAAGGUUAACUACAUCCUGGAAUCACGAGCAAGCACCGCCCGGGCUGAAUAUUUUGCUCAGAAACAAAGAAAACUGAACAGACGUACAAGCUUCAGCUUCCAGAAGGAGAAGAAGUCGGGGCAGCAGUAACACUGGCCCCCGGCCUCAAUCUGUUGCCACAGCUCAGAGCUGCCUGCCAGGGCCAGGUGGCCCUAGAGCCCACCCCGUGCUCCACAGUGCUGGGGGAGGCCAGCUCCCGGCUCAUGGCACAGGGUCAGUGGGCUCUUGGGCAGGGGCUAGGCUGGGGGCACCCUAGGCUGGAGGACAGGGGACAUUGCCAGGGGACUGCAGCCUGAUUGGCAGUGGCUUUGAGUAAUAGUGCCCAGGGUCGGGUCACGCCCUGGCAGAGCCCCCGCGCGUCCAGCCGCCUUCACUGCCCGGCGCCCCUGCCCGAGAAUGUACAUAGCCAUGCCAGACACUUCCUUGCAACUUGAUCAAAUUUCUUAAAGCAAAUGAAGAACAAAAGUGUAUAUUUCUUUUCUUCCUUUUAAUAAACAGGUGUACUCUUUA